CUUACUGAUGUAUGACGCCUUUGCUUCCGAAGAGCUCAAUGAUGGAUGUGCCUUGGGAUGAUUCGUAUUCGUUAUCAGACAGAAACAAAGGCAUGAUAACGGUUGGUACAUAAAAGGAUCUCAUCCUUCGGCGCUCAAUCCAAUGCUUCUCCCCUUCGAAAGCGUUCAACUUGUGCUGAAUUCUGUUGAAAAGUCCGUCCGUCCGCCAAAAUCUUUGGGUAAAAGUUAUCUCGGGCCAUCAUGAAGGCUUGGAAAUUAUCGCAUAUAAAGUACCCAUCGGAGGCUCCUCUUGUUGCCAUCAGUAUCAUCAUCAGCGUUUCUCAUUUCGGACGGCUCUCUUGGUAGACAUCAAUUUUCUAUACCAACCCCUACUUCAAGUUCGAGCUCUGGCAGCUUUUUAAAUUUCUCUUUUCCAUUAUAUCCAUCGAUUUAUUUUUCCUAUCCUCCGACUCUGCGAGUUAUCUGCUUCAAAUCGGUCUAAGGAUUAUAGAAAAACAGCCACCAAUCACUCUUUCAAAGAGCACUUACCAGCAUACCAACCUAACACGAGCCCACUCCUGUUGCAUUUUCAUUCGCAUACUACCGCUUUUCCAUCAGACAAGCCUGUCGACGUCUGAACCCGGUUGGCAUAGAAAGAUGACAAUGAACAACCGUCACAUCAUCCGACUCAACAAUUGCGUUACGAUAGCAGUUUGGCUAACAAAUUUGAAUCCUUCACGGUUCUAUCCCCCUCGCGAGUUUUCGAUGGUGAUUAUUACGGUACCCUCGCGGUUCGGAUUGGUGGCCUACAGAGUGACAAGCCAGAGGUCUCGACUGCGCUCCUUACAUCUAGGCACGUUCAGGAUUUCAUGGGGGGAUCCAGAGGUACCCGAAAAUUCUCGAGUUAUUUCCGAUCACUUUUUGCAACGAGUCGAGGCUUUCACCCGAAGGAUGUGGGGAAAUCAAGCAGCACACGAAAGAUUCGAAUCAAGUUGCGCCCGAUGGCUAUUGGGUCUUUUAAGACGAGAGUUGGGACACGACUUCUUUGACCAUCACAGGCUUCAUUUGGUAAUGGAGAAGGUCGUUGCACUUUUGCAUUCUGAUUAAUGAGGCCGCUUGCCAUAGAGAUAAAAUAAGUAGAUUACAGUACAUAGCCCUUGUAAAGCUCCCUCUGAGAUAAAAUUUCACAAAUACUUUCCAUGUCAACUUGGAGUUGUUUCGGGCCAAUCUGAGCUAGGCGAAUUUUUGCAGUGUGCAAUUCUCGAGUAUGAACCGGACUACUGACGUGUACAAUGAAUUACAACAAACCGACUGUAACGUCAACCAAACCAAUGGGUCUCCCUUUCUCAUAAUUGCUCUGUAUGUAAAGACUUGGUGUGCCGAGUAUUUGCAUCUUUCAACUCGU